AUGACUAACGCUGAAGUUUUAAGCCAAGUGGAGCACGGUUAUCGCAUGCCAAUGCCACCAAAUUGUAAUCCAGCACUUUAUGAAAUUAUGCUUGAAUGUUGGCACAAAGAUCCAAUGCGUCGACCGACUUUUGAGACCCUUCAGUGGAAAUUAGAAGACUUCUUUACCAUGGACCAAAGCGAUUACAAAGAAGCACAUCCACACUGA